CCCCACACCACCACUUCUCUUCUUCCUUUCUCCUUCUUCCUCCUUCUCACCACCGACAAUUCCCCCACCUCAACUUCUUCUACGUGACCGUUCCUUUCAUCUUUCUCCCCGUCUGCUUGCAUGGCUUGUAUGAGCGACGACAGCUGGGUUUCUCUCCCCUCCAUGUUAGCAGGGCCUCUGCCUCUCGGUGCCCGAGAGCUCCAAAACAAAACUGACGAACCCAACAACUUCCGCUUCUUGUCUUCGGCUUAUCGGUUGGAGAGAGUCUUUCCCGUAUAUGCUAUGGGGACUCCCAACCCGGAUUCUGACUCUGUUCUGGCCUCUUCAUUUGAUGACUCAGGUGGGGCUGACCCGAUUUGGGACGCCGUCAGACAAGAAGCUAAGCUGGAGGCAGAAAAGGAGCCAAUUUUAAGUAGCUUUUUGUAUGCCAGUGUUUUAUCUCAUGAUUGCUUGGAGCAAGCCUUAGCCUUCGUUGUUGCCAAUCGUCUCCAAAAUCCUACUCUUUUGGCAACUCAGUUGACAGAUAUAUUUUGUGAUGUGAUGAUGCAUGAUAAAGGCAUCCAAAGAUCAAUUCGCCUGGAUGUGCAGGCAUUUAAAGACCGGGAUCCUGCUUGUUUAUCAUAUUGCUCUGCACUUUUAUAUAUGAAGGGCUACCAUGCUCUGCAAGUUCAUCGAGUAGCCCAUGCAUUGUGGGGCGAGGGACGCCAAGUCUUGGCCUCAGCUUUGCAAAGUCGUGCCAGUGAGGUUUUCGGAGUAGACAUACAUCCUGCUGCAAAAAUUGGGGAGGGAAUUCUAUUAGAUCAUGGGACAGGCAUGGUUAUUGGUGAAACUGCAAUCGUUGGAAACAGAGUUUCAUUGAUGCAUGGUGUUACUUUGGGAGGUUCAGGGAAGGAAAUAGGUGAUCGUCACCCCAAAAUUGGUGAUGGUGCACUAAUUGGAGCUUGUGCAACUAUACUUGGGAACAUAAGAAUUGGUAAAGGUGCAAUGGUAGCUGCAGGCUCUCUUGUGUUAAAAGAGGUCCCUCCCCAUAGCAUGGUGGCAGGAAUACCAGCAAAUGCCAUUGGAUAUCUACAUGAGCAUGACCCAUCUUUAAGCAUGAAACAUGAUGCCACAAAAGAUUAUUUCGAGCACAUAGCUGCUAGGGGUAACAUUUAA